AUGUCUCCACAGUCUGGCAGCAGCUUCCUAAGGCCAGAACCUGGUUCAGGUGUCUCACAGCUUUUCACCUGGGAAGAGAUAGGACUACACUCAGGUCAGAAGAACUCCAAGCAAGAGAAAUGGCUGGUCAUCAACAGGAAAGUCUAUGACAUCAGCCAAUUCCAUUGGAGACACCCUGGGGGCACUCGUGUCAUCAGCCAUUACGCAGGACAGGAUGCCACGGAUGCCUUCACAGCUUUCCACAAGGAUGAGGACCUAGUACAGAAAUACUUGCAUUCACUACUAAUUGGAGAGCUGGCACCUGAUCAACCUAACUGUGAGCCCAUCAAAAAUGAAAUGCUGGUAAAUGACUUUCGGGAACUCUACAGCACUGUGAAAAAGAUGGGACUCCUGAAAUCCAGUAAUCUCUUCUUCGCUAUCAUAUUUCUCCAUGCUUUCCUGCUUGAUAUUGCCUCGUGGCUUACAAUCUGGUUCUUUGGAAAGUCCUGGAUACCUUUCCUUGUUGGCGUAGCACUGUUCACCAUAGCCCAGAUCCAGUAUGGAUUUUUCCAGCAUGAUCUUGGACAUAUUUCAGUCUUUCAGAAGCCCAAGUGGAAUAGACUGUUUCAUUUCAUUUUGGUAGAAGUAUUUAAGGGAGGAACAUGCAGUUGGUGGAGACACAUGCAUAACCAGCAUCAUGCCAAACCUAACUGUUUUCGCAAGGAUCCUGAUCUCAACAUGCACCCUUUCCUGUUUACCCUGGGGAAGACACUCUCUGAAGAGCUUGGGAAAAAGAAAAAGAAAUACAUGCCUUACAAAUACCAGCACACCUAUUUUACCUGCUUAGCCCCGAUGAUAUUUGUUGUCUUUAUGCAGCUGACAGUAUUCCGCUUCACAAUCCUUAGGAAAAAAUGGAUGGAGCUCAUUUUCAUUAUACUCUACAACAUCCGUGUCUGUCUCAUGUAUGUUCCUAUAAUGGGAUUUAAGAGUUUCAUGGCAUACUACUGGCUGGCCAGGUUCCUAGAAAGCAAUUGGUUUCUCUGGGUCUCACAAAUGAACCACAUUCCUAUGAAUAUUGACUAUGACAAGAAUUUAGACUGGGUCUCUGCUCAGCUUGCAGCAACAUGCAAUGUGGAUCAAUCCAUGUUCAACGAUUGGUAUACAGGGCACUUGAAUUUCCAGAUUGAGCAUCACCUUUUCCCAACAAUGCCUCGACACAAUUAUUGGAAGGUGGCUCCUCUGGUGAAAUCCCUCUGCGCCAAACAUGGGGUUCAGUACCAUUGCAAGCCCCUGCUCACUGCCUUUGCAGAUAUAUUGCGCUCUCUGAAGGAAUCAUCAGUACACUGGGAGGAUGCCUAUCUUCAUGGCUAAGAAGAGACAGGGCCUCAGGAGGAAAUCUUCUCACCAGGAAUUCAGAAUUCUCAAUUUUUCUGAGGGAGGGCAUGAGGCUGAAAGCAGCCCAGUUCCAUACUUGUAAUCUAUAUUAAAUUAUUUCAGUGUGAAA